UUGAAGUUAUUGUGUGAGUAAAUUACUUGUAUUUAGCCCAUGCUAAUCUAUGUUAUUAUAGUGGGAUGCUUGUUCGAGAUCCAUCAAAACCAAAUAACGUGGAUGCAAUAUUUAAUCAAGCAAGACAAUCAGGAGCUGUAGAAGCAUCUGCUGAACAUCUUUUACCUUCAUCAAGCUCAAGAAGCUUUGCUGGCACUGCAAGGCUACUUUCUGGUGAAGUGUCCUCUACCCCUCAGCAGCCUGAAGUUGUCAAUCACAAUAUUACUUUUUGGAGAAAUGGCUUUACGGUAGAUGAUGGACCUUUAAGGAGGCUGGAUGAUCCAGAAAAUGCAUCUUUCCUGGAGAGUAUCAGGAAGUCCGAGUGCCCAGAGGAACUUGCACCAGCAAAUAAGAGCACUGCGGUUCAUGUUAAUCUUAUGAGAAAGGAUGAAGAAUACAAGGAACCAGAGAGAUCCCGUCGUCCCUUUCAAGGUCUUGGAAGAACUCUUGGUAGCACCAGCGAUGUAACACCUGUGGAGCCCAAUACUGUCCCAACUGUCCUAACUGCUGCUCCCGCACCUUCUGUGGGUCUAGUUGUUGAUCAGAAGAAACCUUGUACAUCAAUUCAGCUGAGGUUGGCAGAUGGUACUCGCAUGGUUUCACGCUUCAACAACUAUCAUACAAUCAGAGAUAUCCGAGGCUUUAUCGAUGCAUCUAGGCCUGAUGGACCAAGAACGUAUCAACUGCAAACUAUGGGGUUCCCGCCCAAACAGCUCACUGAUCUUGACCAGACGAUAGACGAAGCUGGAAUAGCCAAUUCAGUUGUGAUCCAGAAACUAUAGCAACAAAUAUAGCAGAGCUAAUUUAUCAGUCAUCAGGUUGCAGUGGCCAUGUCUCAACACUGAUGUCUUAAAUUUAUUGAAGACAAUUGCAUGUAUCUCUAUGGACUUUGCUAUUUAUUGUUCAGAAUUUGAAGAGUUCAGAUUCCAUUUAUGCAUCAGAAUCUGUGUCCCUUUGCUUGUGGUGUUGCUUCUUUUAGACUGGUGAAUGGUACUGAAAAGGGUAGAUUAAGAUGCAUUGACCUUUUACUGUAAGGGUAGAUCUUUAAGGUGAUGGAACCUCAAUUUCAAUUCCAUUAGGCAAAUUGAAUGAGGUGUUGAUAAACCAUUAUUAUUA